GACUAUUUCAAGCCACGACUACCUCAGCUCACUGCAAAAUCACGCGGUUGUAAAGGCUGAGGAUCACAAAAAGAUAUACAAGCAAAAGUUUUACAAAGAGAUCGGAUUGGAAAAAAAUGUCUGGUCAGGAAGUCAGCCUUUCCAACAAAGAGGAGGUGUUCGUUGUGAACGUAAUACCGCUUCUCAAAGACGGCAUCCUUUGCUUUAAUGAUCUUUCAGUCAUUGUAUUUACUAAUGAAGGUAACAUGAAGAACAAGCACGAUGAGCUUCGCUCUUUAAUUAUUAAAGGGAAGGAUAACUUCGUGGAAGCAGAGCAAAGCGCUUCUGGUAUUUUAGGAAGUAUAGAUAAAGAGUGUGAGGAAUUAACUCAACAGAAAGGAAAACUGCAACGACAACAGGAUGACACGAAAACUGAAUGCCAAAACCUACAAGACCAGCUUGCAAGUCAGCAAAACAUACUACUGGAGCAUCAGAGAUCGUUAGCAAAUGCAAAUACACACUUACAAGCAACGCAGGCAAAAGUUAAUGAGAUGCGUAGAAGAAUGGAGCACGAUGAAGCUGUGAGGAACGCUGGGAUCGGUCUGAUGUUCAUUCCGUUUGUUGGACCCAUAAUUGGAGCUACCUUGAUUGGGGUUUACCAGACAGAUAUGAACAACGCAAAUGAUGCUAAAAAUCAGGCUGAAAAUGAAGUUCACAACUGGGAACGUCAAGUGGCAAGUAGUUCUCUAGGUGUUUCUGACUGUCAGACAAAGAUCAACCAGAAGACACAGGAGAUUUCUCAAGUUAACACCAGUUUGGAGGUGUUACGAAGAACCUUAGAAGACGUCACACAGCAGCGCCUUGAUAUAGCUGAUGUCCAGGAGAAGUUCAGGAAUGCUGUUAGGGUUUUGACCGAUCUAGCUGGGAUAGCGAAAGUAGGCGAGGUACAGACAAGGAAGUUUAUUCUGUUUGAGCCCCUCAUGACGGUACUUCAGGAAAUCUUUAAAUGUGUUCUGCAAAUGUCAGAUAAGAAGGGUCAUCUUCAGUGUGUCGAAACAACUUUAAAACCAAUACAAAGCGCCUUUGAAGAGAAUGCGAGAAAGAUGAAAGCUUUGUGUGAGAAGGGGGAUGAUUACUGGUAGGAAAAAAAGUAAAACAAAUUCUCAUAAGGCCACUUAAAAAAAAAAUUGGUUCUCGUCCCCGCCCGACCCGCCGAAAUGCCUCCGACCCGAAUUUUUUUUUAUUUUUUAUUUCGUAAAAAUCGCAUGGAAAAUGCCCAAGAAUGACGAAAUUUGAAUUUCCCGAGCAUUCCACAUCGACGAUUGAUCCACAUUGUGUAAUCAUAGUCUUGGAAUGGUUUUAUGAACCUAAAUUUGUCUCUACGUGACAUGGGCUGGUGCAAAGAUUUAAAUCUGGGAAAGUGAUGUUUGUAGAGUUGCAUUUCCUUGUUCAACCAUUCAGGUUCCUGUAUUUUGUAAAUUCCUCGUGUUUUAACAUGUUUUAAUACACUUUCUUUCUAGAUAUAUAUUUUAAAAUCUUGGUUGUUCAUUUAGAAUGGGAAUGACAAACAUAAUAUUGGUUUCAAAUAGUAUCAUUUUUAUAUUCACGAAUGAAACAUCAGCAUAAAGUAUCCAAAUCCAUAGUUGGGAAGGCAUUUCUGAGAUACACAUGGAUCAAGGAAUUUACAUUCUUGUAUUUUCUUACAUUUAAUAUAUUUGAAACGCAACAAGCGAAGAACUGAGGAGGCGUACUAAGUAGGUCUGCUCUCUUCGGUAUGCAUUUUCAAAUAUGUACUUUCUUACAUAUUUGAAAGUCCAAACAGUCAAUCAAAAUUUGUAAAAAAAAAAAAAAAACCCACCCCCUCCAAAAAAAGGACGAGAACCAAUUUUUUUUUUAAGUGGCCUAAAUGAAAUGAAAGUCAUGAAAGUCAGAAUUUAUCUCUUACAGAAAAUGCAAUAUUACUGUAUUUGUAUGUUAGCGUGUUCAGCAAUAAAGUAUAUGUACCGUAUAUGUAACUUUCUCCUCAGCCGAAACAUUUGAUGUGAGAACAAUACACUUCAAACUGCUGUUUUUAAGUCAAUGUAAACUGAAUUUUAUUCAGCACCGUUAAUGAAAUACAAGAACUAUAAUCCUUUUGA